AUGGGAUUAUUUGGUAAAAUUUUUAAAAAGAAAACAAAUGGUGAAAAAGAAGAAAAUUUUAAUGAUGAUGAUAAAGAUUUAAGUAAAAUUAAACAAGAAAGUUCAAAAGAUUUAAGUAAAAUUAAACAAGGUAGUUCAAAAGAUUUAGGUAAAAUUAAACAAGGUAGUUCAAAAGAUUUAAGUAAAAUUAAACAAGGUAGUUCAAAAGAUUUAUCAUCACAAUCAAUUUAUAUAGAUAGUGAAGAGAUUAUAUUGAAUAAUAUUGUGAUUGAUAAUUUCUUUUUAUUAGAUAAUAGUGUAAGAUUCAAUGUAUUCAAUGAAUCACAUUGUGAUGAUAAAUCAAAUAUAUUUUAUAAAGUAUGGAGAACUCAAGCUAUAAUUCAAGUGAUUUUCAAACAUUAUGUAAUUAAAUCAAUUCCAACUCAAAGUACAGUGAUCACAAUAACAGAUUUAUUCAAUAAGAAGCUAACUACAGGUUUCAUACCAGACACUACUAAAUCCGUUACAUUUGGUAGAAAAUUCAAUCAGAGUUUAGAGGUUGGUUCAAUUCCAGAGAGUGUCACCUAUUUGAAAUUUGGUGAUGAAUUCUCACCAAUUUCACUACCACUGAAUGUAUUGCCAUCAAAUUUGAAAACACUUAUUUUCGGACAAUAUUUUCACACUGCUUUUAAAAUGGUGAAUAUCCCCCCAUCAGUGGAGAUAUUGCGUUUGGCAAGAUGUAAUACUGAAUUAUUGGCUGAAAAGUUGCCAAAGAAUGUACAAGAUUUAAAUUUGGGUGAAGUUAAUGGUCGUACAUUAACCAUUGGUGACAUUCCAGAAUCGGUGACAACGCUAUCACUUGAUCAAAGUUUUACAAAUAAAAACCCAAUUCUUGAAGUUGGUUCAAUUCCAAGUACUGUUAAAACCCUUAUUUUAGGCCCAAACUAUAAUCAAUUGCCACCGAUUAAUAGUAUACCAGAUUCAGUUGCUUCAUUAACAUUUGGUGACUCAUUCAAUCAACCUUUAUCACCUGGUUUAAUUGGUAAUUCAGUUGGUAUGUUAGUAUUUGGUGAAGCAUUUAAUCAAAUCAUUUCACCAGGUUGUUUACCAGAUUGUGUUAAUAUUUUAGAAUUUUCAAAUUAUAAUAAACCAUUUGUUUAUGGUGCACUUCCAAAUUCAAUCAUUUAUUUAGAUCUUGGAAAAAGUUAUAAUUUACCUUUAUCAAAUUUACCAGAGAAUUUAAGAUCACUAAAACUUGGUCGUUCAUUUAAACAACAAUUAACAAUGGAUACUUUACCACCUUCAAUAACUGAAAUUUAUUUAGUUCCAAAUUUUGAUAAAACUUUAAUUUCUUAUGAUAUUCCAAAACAUAUUUUAAAAGUUAAUGAAAAAAAUUAA